ACUGAGUUGACUUUCGCUUGUCCGUAGUCAAAGUCCAUCCCCUCUAGCUAGCUGUGCACAACUAGACAGGGGACGAUCGGACAAAGUCUGGGCUCUGGAAAACCCUAAUAGGAUCAUGCCGUCUCUGCUCAGUGUGGAGAGCAGCAAUCUUUUGCUGCAUUUCGGAACGUGGGGUGUGACCGCUGUUUUCCUCGUUGAGAAGUGAGGAGGUACACUGACAUAAUGCUCAAUGCCGCCGUGGCUAAGGGGGGGCUAAGAAGUGCAAUGCUGUGAGACGAUUCCCGCACAUUCUCGUCCAUGAUAAAGGCAGACCUGUGGAGCCCAUGCUGUAGAUUUGACUGAUGGGAGACGCUACAGCUCGGGUACAGCUCUGCCACUCGACGACCCUGCAACUCUUGAGCUUGUCCCUCUCUAGGUGCUAAGGUUGGAAGAAGAGCCUUCUUUGCAGCAAGUCUCCCAUCUGACACAUCAUUGGACACAGUGGUCCCCUUCCUUCUGGCUUCCUUUCUUAACAAACUCGCAUUCAGAAGUGAGUUUGCUUCGCGAGCAAGUGAGGGCAAAUGGUUCGAUACUUGUAAGCCCAGUCAACAGAUGUAAGCCCGGUCAAUGAAGGCCGCUACUUGAGUUGUCAUUGAUGGUGGUCUGGAUGGAAACAUGGAAACACAAGCAGGAUUUGAGCGCCAGCAAGGUCCAGCCUUUGUGUAUAGAAUCAGCAACGUUGAGGAAUGGAAGCGGGCGCAGGAGGAGGGUGGCUUGUGGGGGAGCCAGAUGGAUCGAGACAGCGGCUUCGUUCACCUCAGUUCAGAAGAACAGGUCCCGGCAACUCUGAAGAGGUUCUUUGUCGGGCGGGAGGAUAUUAUCCUGCUCAAGAUCGACGCUGCCAAGCUUGGGGCCCAACUCAGGUUUGAGGAUACCACAGGCCACGGAGUAUUCCCACACUUCUAUGGAUCGGACGGGGAAUACCAUGCGUUGCCAUUAGCCGCGAUUUUACAGGCGGAACCAAUUACUCACGAAUUCAGGUUUUGAACCUAGGAAUUCAGGUUUUGAACCUAGGUCCAAGCUAGACCAGAAGUACGUGCAUGCAACCGGCCAGAAUUUUUAGAGCUACGGGUUCCACGAUAUGAGAUUUGUGCUACGCAGUUGAGCUUUCUGUCAUAGCGCGGCGGCCAGUGCCUCUUCACAAGACGGACAUAGGCCGACCAGGCUCGACGGAACCGCAAUCUUCAGUGGACAUCACAUCCAAUCUAUACAUACCUAUAUAUUGCGCGAUUGGUCAGUAUAUAAGCUGCACUGGCAU